UCGAAAAUAUUCAGUUUGUCGUCAAGGUUCAAGCAUGAAAGGCAUAAAUCUAAAAAAUUCCGCCAGCAGCAAAAGCUUCAAAGAACGUGCUAAAAAAUACAAACAAACAAAUUUAAAUAAUUCCGAAUUUCAGCAUAUCGUUUAUGUGUCCUGGAAAAGGGGUAAACACGAUCUGGGCUCCCUAAUUAAAGGUCGUUAUUUUGUGGAAGCCCCGUUUGGCAAUAAACAAGACUGGCUGGGCUGGGAUAUAAGAAAAAAGCGCGCUUGUCUCAUAAAACCCAAAAAUAUCGACCAAUAUGAUAACACCUUUGAAAAUCCAAAGACCAUUAAACCCAGCAAGAAACACAAAGUUAAAAGUCUCAAUUUGGCUAAGCUCGAGUUCGAAGAUGCCAAAAGUCUAGGAAAACCCGAGCCCAAGGGGAAAUUGAGCAAUUGUCAAACUGAUCUGGCGAUACAGGAUGACCAGCAUAAUUUUCGAAAACCAAUGCCCAAGACAGUCGCAAGCAGAACAAACAUAGCUAGCACCGCCCAGAUGCAGGCGAUGAAAAUUGUAAACAUUCCAUGCGAUAGCUUCCCCAAGUCGUGUGUGAACGAAAGGCCAAAAAGUGAAUGGGGAUUCCCCCCAGCACUUCGGAGUGAUGUGUGCAAGAUUCAAAAGCCCGAGAGUUGGGACGUGACUGAGGGUGGGUUCAAAAUACUGCCACCUCCGCGAGCUGCUGCGUCCAAGGCCAAGUCUAAGAUGCAAAAAAGUGAAAGCUGGGAUGUCACAGGGGGUGGUGUCAAUAUUUUGCCGGUGCGCCAGAGCAUGGUCAAGGCCAAGGUUAACGAAACCCCAACUGCAAUAUCUGCGGAAGGUGAAGCUGGGUUGGCCAGAGCUCCGAGCAGCGACAGUUGGGAUGUUACGCAAGGUGGACUCAAGAUUCUGCCGAUGCCCCGCGGCUUUGCGUCCAAACCAAAUCUGAACGAGACCCCAAAUUGGGACAUCUCGGAAAGUGAAAGCGAAUGCUCGCCAACCCAUUCUAGUGGAAAAAUGUUGCCAGUUCCGUUCAGCGACAUGCGCGAUCCGAAGGAAACGCCGCGUUACGAGGUGAGCAUGGAGGAGACCGAAAAUGCAGGCGUCACUCCCAGAGGGAAUGUGCAAGAUGCUACUGGGCGCAAUUGUCCAAUUCCUCCAGGCGAAACUCCACGUUGGCCCAUCAUCCAAAGCAUCCGUGAGACGUUGCCCAAUGAAUCGUAUCGUUCGCCCACGGUGAGCGAUCUGCCCAGCUGGUAUAUGACCAAGCACGGCAAGAAGAGUGCCACAGUACGAAUCGGGGACUUGCUGCACGAACGUUAUUAUAUUUUGAGCAUCAUAACGAUCAGCCAUCUGGCAUCCGUUUGGCUCUGCUGGGACUUGAGGAGCAAGUGCAAUGUGGUCAUGAAAAUGGCGGACACAACAGGAAUGAGUGUCCAGUUGAUUUACGGCGAGAUAAAUACGAUUAAAUCCUUGCAUGCAUUCCAACCAAAGGAUCCGCGUCUCGACAACAUUGUACGCGCUUUGGACGGCUUUCAGCUGACCAGAUCGCGUACCGCACAGCCCUGCCUGAUACUCGAGGCGAUGGACACAAAUCUGGCCAAAUAUGCUGAAAGCCAUGAUGGAGCUAUGAUACCUCUGGAGCUGCUCAAGUGCAUUACACGCCGCGUUCUGUCUGGUCUGGAGUAUUUACACAGUGUGGGAGUUGUGCACGCAGACAUUAAGCCGGAGAACGUCCUGGUAACCGCCUGCAUGCUAAGCAAUUGCGAGAACUGUCCAGACAAGCGGAAAGUGUGCUCCAAGCUGCACAUAAAGAUUGCCGACUUUGCGAAUUCCUCGGGCAUGAACGGUUGCAUUGCGGGCGAGAUCCAGACGCGUGCCUAUCGCUGCCUGGAAUCGAUAUUGGGCUCGGAUUGUGGAACGCCUUCCGAUAUCUGGAGCGUGGCCUGUAUGGUCUUUGAGCUGGCCGUUGGCAAGUUUUUGUUUGCGCCAAAUUAUGACAAAACCAUUUCGCCCGAAGAGCAUCAUUUAGCUCGCAUCAUCGAGCUGCUGGGCCCCAUACCACAUCAGAUUGUGUUCCGGGGCCGUGAUGCAUUGCGCUAUUUCAAUCCGUACGGCAAGCUGCUCAACAGCAUCGGCAUAAAGCCCAAGAGCCUGGUGGAACUGCUGAUGGAUGAACACAAUUGGUGCAAACUGAAUGCCAUGGUCUUUGCCUCAUUCCUGACGCCCAUGCUCGAGUACGAGCCGAAGAAACGCGUCACCGCCACCAGGUGUCUGCAGCAUCCCUGGCUGAUAUAAAUGAAAGGGCAUUCCCGAGAACCCAAAUGGAAUUACAGCAUUGACAAUGCCCUGCGGUGCUUUUGUUAGCUUCCUCGCUGCUGCGUGUCAUUAUUUAAUGAACAUAUAAUAAAGGCUACACUGGAACGAGUAA